AUGGAAACAAGUCGUAACGGCGGCAACUUGCCCCAACCUCCAGUCUCAUUUCCUCGAGCUUCGGACGACGUGACCUCGGUGAUGUUCAACCCGAAUGACAACCUUACUACGAAGGAGCAGCGCGUGCAAGAUCCCAAUGUCUGCUAUACUUCCACCCUCCUUCACUAUACUGGCCUCGCUGUGAGCCACACAAAGGGAAAAUAUGCGCUAGAAGAUCCUGAGGUUGAGGCGGCUGCAUCUAAUGCCCUGUCUAAACAUUUCGUGAAUGGCAACCUUCUCAUCCAGGACAAGAUUAUCGACUUCGACUACAUUCAGUCAUGCCCCGACAUCCGGUGUGAGACCGACAACGAAUAUGCCCUGCAAGGAUGGGCUAUGCAGGAGGGAUCAAUUGUAAUAGGAAUUGACCCUUCCCUUGUUGUUGAUCUUGGCCGGGAACAGCACCCCGACCAGCUUGCCCUGAAGGCCGGAAAACUGUACGUGAUCAAGAGCAUCUACAGUGACAUGUGGUCUUUGUGCAUUGAGGUCUCCGUCAAGAAGCCUCGUAAUAUGCCCGAUGCCAACAAGCCGCCAAACGAAAUCACGAACUUCGGCUUUGCUCCUCUGUGUGCCAUCACUCUUGCGGCAAACUACAGUUCCUUCCUUGAACGCUGCCAGGCUUAUCAGAACCAGCCAGGGAUCGUGCCGCUCCGACCGAGCAAUGGGCAGCGUGUUAUGCCUCCUCCUCGCCUUCAAAGUCUGGUUAUGAGUAAGGAGAUUGCUCAGCAACUCGACGAAGGGAAUGAGGACGAGUUCUACUCGUCAGAGGCCUAUAUCAUCUGCAGAAAGUUCAGACCCAUUGGGGAAAAUGUGGCGCGGGUCAAGCCCAAGGAGCCUCUCGAUAAACUGAAGAGUCUGGUCAAGGACCCUUGUAGGCUCCGGAAGAUUCUGGCCACCAGGAAGGUGGUGUUGAAGGCCAUUUUCACUCCACCCGAGGUUAUCAAUGUGGACAACGUCGGCACCUCCCACCCGACACGUCCACGAAAGAAGCUGGUGAAGGGCGAGCGGCACUCACUGGCUGUGAGCAAGGGGUUGAAGCGCCUCUGCUGCUGA